AUUCACGCUGCCAAAACGGGACCCCGAAAGCAGCAACAACAAGGGCGGCUAUAACUGAGGGCGGCGUAUGUUCCUCGUUUGUGUCUGUUUUGCCUAUCGUUGCUGCGCUACAACCAGCGCACGUUUCCAAACGACCUGGGAAAGCCAAGGAGCAGGAGUCAAUGGAGCAGCCAGCAAUGUGGCUAUAAAGAAGCUCCGGCUCAGCGCCGGUGUACACGAUGCACUUGUUCCCAUCCCCCAUCAGAGAUCCUCCCGUAUCCCUUCCACCAGCUCCCUCAUACUUUUCUUUAAACCUCUCGGAUUCGCCUGCAGUACAUCCCACAAGAGCUCCUUCAACAAUGCGUACCGUUGCCCUGAUCUCCCUGCUUGCGGCCAGUGCCAUCGCCGCCCCUACAUUUGGCUUCCAGCGCCGCCAGCUGGGGGGCGCCAGCCUUGCAAAUGGCCCUAAUGCAAUCGACGAUACCACAGUCAACUCUGGUGCUAUUGACGAGGGCGUUGUCAAGGAUACAACCUCGUUUGAAGGUGCCCAGAUCAUCAACCCCGAGGGCAAUACGCUUGUCAAGUCGACCGAGAACUUUGACUUCCACGACAACAACGUCAUCAACCCGGAUAUCAACAUUGCCACGGGUGGGCAUGGCCCGACAAUUGUUGGCAAUGACAACUACGUGCUGCCGAUCGGCAGUGGCGUGUGGGGCGGUAUCGUGUUCAAGCGCCAGCAGCUGGCAAACGCUCCAGUGGGAGUCAGCAACCCGACUGUUAACCAGGGUGCCUUGACCGAGGGCUCGACGUCGUCCAAUCUCUCUGCAGACGGCGCUCUGGUCUCGAACCCAAUUGGCAACUCGGUGACGGAUGUCAACAACAACUCGGAGGUUGCUGGCAACGACUUUGUCGACUCGACCUUCAACACGGUGUCCAACGUCAAUGGCCCGGCGUUUGCCGGCGACAACGGCAUUUUCAUCCCGGUGGUGAACGAGGCCGACGCCAUUCACUUCGACAAUGGGGCUCUGCUCGACUUCUUCCUGGGCGGCGGUUUGCAUUAGAUAGUAGGUGCUGGGUAGUCAGAGUCAAAUAUUUACAAACAUCGACAGCAGCGUGUCCAAAUGUCAUGUGCGUCUUGGCAGAUGUGUGGUGGUGGUGGUGGUAUUCCUCGUUUGAAAUAGCUAAAAACUAGGUUGUCAAUGGUGAAGGAAGGGCCGGAAAGUGAACUAUAGAAUCCUAACUAAUUUACAGGUAUGAGGUGGAGAAAUCAGAAGAGA